UAACCGUAACACCGCAACAGCAUUUAUUUUUCAUGGGAAAUCCGUAAAAUGUUCGAACGAUCGAAACUCAUUCACACGAAUCAAUGUAUUGUGAGCGAUCUUAAUAACCGAUUGUAAUGUGCACCGUGACCUCCCCACCUCUGCAGGCUGCUACCCGACCUGCCCGAGUGAUCGGCCGUUCCUGAAUGAGAGUAGCAUGACCUGCGUGGAGCGUUGCGACUGCGUCUCUAACGGAACCACCUACAAGGUUAACGACAGGAUUCCAAGCAAUGACCCGUGCGAAAUCUGUUCUUGUACAAUCGACGACAUUUCCUGCACAAUUAUUCCAGGGUGUCCACAAUCCACGACCAUUAUUACUCCAACAACCACAGAAUCAACAACUACAACCUCAUCCUCAACAGCUCCUCCAACAACCAUCUCAACAACCAGCGAGUCAACAACAAGACCACCAUCCACAUCCGCUUCUACACUCACCACCGAAUCAACAACUACACCCCCACCCACAACAGCACCUCCAUCUACCACAUCAAUAACCGAAUCAACAACUACACCCCCACCCACAACAGCACCUCCAUCUACCACCUCAAUAAUCACCGAAUCAACAACUACACCCCCACCCACAACAGCACCUCCAUCAACAACCUCAAUAACCACCGAAUCAACAACUACACCCCCACCCACAACAGCACCUCCAUCAACAACCUCAAUAACCACCGAAUCAACAACUACACCCCCACCCACAACAGCACUUCCAUCAACAACCUCAAUAACCGAAUCAACAACUACACCCCCACCCACAACAGCACCUCCAUCAACAACCUCAAUAACCACCGAAUCAACAACUACACCCCCACCCACAACAGCACCUCCAUCAACAACCUCAAUAACCGAAUCAACAACUACACCCCCACCCACAACAGCACCUCCAUCUACCACCUCAAUAAUCACCGAGUCAACAACUACACCCCCACCCACAACAGCACCUCCAUCUACCACCUCAAUAACCGAAUCAACAACUACACCCCCACCCACAACACCACCUCCAUCUGCCACCUCAAUAACCACGGAAUCAACAACUAUGCCCCCAUCCACAACACAUGGAUGCAUCUGGACAUCAUGGAAGAGCAUUGACUACCCCAAUGAUAAUAAUCCAUCGAAUGACAAUGAGACAUAUGCUCACUACCAGGAGAAGACAGGACAUGCCAUCUGUGAGAUCGGUGUUCCCAUCUUAAUAGAUUGUCGGGCAAGAGGUUAUGAAAAAGCAAAUUUUGCAGACACGGGGAAUGGCGUCACGUGUGAUGUCAAAGAAGGGCUCCUGUGCUUGGAAGAAUUGCAGGAUUGGUCCGGUCAAUGUAAAGACUAUGAGAUCCGAGUGUGCUGUCCUGGUGAAGGAAACACCUCAACAAUUACCACUCCAACAGCUAUACCAUCCACAACAGCACCUCCAUCUAGCACCUCAAUAACCACCGAAUCAACAACUACACCCCCACCCACAACAGCACCUCCAUCUACCACCUCAAUAACCACCGAAUCAACAACUACACCCCCACCCACAACAGCACCUCCAUCUACCAACUCAAUAACCGAAUCAACAACUACACCCCCACCCACAACAGCACCUCCAUCUACCACCUCAAUACUCACCGAAUCAACAGCUACACCCCCACCCACAACAGCACCUCCAUCUACCACCUCAAUAACCGAAUCAACAACUACACCCCCAUCCACAACAGCACCUCCAUCUACUACCUCAACAAUCACCGAAUCAACAACUACACCCCCACCCACAACAGCACCUCCAUCUACCACCUCAAUAACCGAAUCAACAACUACACCCCCACCCACAACAGCACCUCCAUCUACCACCUCAAUAACCACCGAAUCAACAACUACACCCCCACCCACAACAGCACCUCCAUCAACAACCUCAAUAACCACCGAAUCAACUACACCCCCACCCACAACAGCACCUCCAUCUACCAACUCAAUAACCGAAUCAACAACUACACCCCCAUCUACAACAGCACCUCCAUCAACAACCUCAAUAACCACCGAAUCAACAACUACACCCCCACCCACAACAGCACCUCCAUCAACAACCUCAAUAACCGAAUCAACAACUACACCCCCACCCACAACAGCACCUCCAUCUACCACCUCAAUAAUCACCGAGUCAACAACUACACCCCCACCCACAACAGCACCUCCAUCUACCACCUCAAUAACCACGGAAUCAACAACUAUGCCCCCAUCCACAACACAUGGAUGCAUCUGGACAUCAUGGAAGAGCAUUGACUACCCCAAUGAUAAUAAUCCAUCGAAUGACAAUGAGACAUAUGCUCACUACCAGGAGAAGACAGGACAUGCCAUCUGUGAGAUCGGUGUUCCCAUCUUAAUAGAUUGUCGGGCAAGAGGUUAUGAAAAAGCAAAUUUUGCAGACACGGGGAAUGGCGUCAUGUGUGAUGUCAAAGAAGGGCUCCUGUGCUUGGAAGAAUUGCAGGAUUGGUCCGGUCAAUGUAAAGACUAUGAGAUCCGAGUGUGCUGUCCUGGUGAAGGAAACACCUCAACAAUUACCACUCCAACAGCUAUACCAUCCACAACAGCACCUCCAUCUAGCACCUCAAUAACCACCGAAUCAACAACUACACCCCCACCCACAACAGCACCUCCAUCUACCACCUCAAUAACCACCGAAUCAACAACUACACCCCCACCCACAACAGCACCUCCAUCUACCAACUCAAUAACCGAAUCAACAACUACACCCCCACCCACAACAGCACCUCCAUCUACCACCUCAAUACUCACCGAAUCAACAGCUACACCCCCACCCACAACAGCACCUCCAUCUACCACCUCAAUAACCGAAUCAACAACUACACCCCCAUCCACAACAGCACCUCCAUCUACUACCUCAACAAUCACCGAAUCAACAACUACACCCCCACCCACAACAGCACCUCCAUCUACCACCUCAAUAACCGAAUCAACAACUACACCCCCACCCACAACAGCACCUCCAUCUACCACCUCAAUAACCACCGAAUCAACAACUACACCCCCACCCACAACAGCACCUCCAUCAACAACCUCAAUAACCACCGAAUCAACUACACCCCCACCCACAACAGCACCUCCAUCUACCAACUCAAUAACCGAAUCAACAACUACACCCCCAUCUACAACAGCACUUCCAUCAACAACCUCAAUUACCACCGAAUCAACAACUACACCCCCACCCACAACAGCACCUCCAUCUACCACCUCAAUAACCACCGAAUCAACAACUACACCCCCACCCACAACAGCACCUCCAUCAACAACCUCAAUAACCACCGAAUCAACAGCUACACCCCCACCCACAACAGUACCUCCAUCUACCACCUCAAUGAUCACAGAAUCAACAACUACACCCCCACCCACAACAGCACCUCCAUCUACCACCUCAAUACUCACCGAAUCAACAGCUACACCCCCACCCACAACAGCACCUCCAUCUACUACCUCAAUAAUCACCGAAUCAACAACUACACCCCCACUCACAACAGCACCUCCAUCUACCACCUCAAUAACCACCGAAUCAACAACUACACCCCCACCCACAACAGCACCUCCAUCUACCAACUCAAUAACCGAAUCCACAACUACACCCCCACCCACAACAGCACCUCCAUCAACAACCGAAUCAACAACUACACCCCCACCCACAACAGCACCUCCAUCUACCACCUCAAUAACCACCGAAUCAACAACUACACCCCCACCCACAACAGCACCUCCAUCUACCACCUCAUUAACCACCGAAUCAACAGCUACACCCCCACCCACAACAGCACCUCCAUCUACCACCUCAAUAACCACCGAAUCAACAACUACACCCUCAUCCACAACAGCACCUCCAUCUACCACCUCAAUACUCACCGAAUCAACAACUACACCCCCAUCCACAACAGCACCUCCAUCUACUACCUCAAUAAUCACCGAAUCAACAACUACACCCCCACCCACAACAGCACCUCCAUCUACCAACUCAAUAACCGAAUCAACAACUACACCCCCACCCACAACAGCACCUCCAUCUACCACCUCAAUAACCACCGAAUCAACAGCUACACCCCCACCCACAACAGCACCUCCAUCUUCUACCUCAAUAAUCACCGAAUCAACAACUACACCCCCACCCACAACAGCACCUCCAUCUACCACCUCAAUAACCACCGAAUCAACAGCUACACCCCCAACCACAACAGCACCUCCAUCUUCUACCUCAAUAAUCACCGAAUCAACAACUACACCCCCACCCACAACAGCACCUCCAUCUACCACCUCAAUAACCACCGAAUCAACAACUACACCCCCACCCACAACAGCACCUGCAUCUACCACCUCAAUAACCACUGAAUCAACAGCUACACCCCCACCCACAACAGCACCUCCAUCUACCACAAUAACCACCGAAUCAACAACUACAACAUGUGUGUGGUCCGAAUGGUUCAAUUCUGAUAUCCCCAACUUAAGAAAUGAAGGUGACAAUGAGACAUUGGCACACAUCAGGGAGAGUGGUUUGGACAUAUGCCCUAUGGGCUAUCCUGUGAAAAUUACGUGCCAGGUGGUGGGUACUCCACAUUUAACCUUCCCCUAUUUUGUACAAAAUGUCACUUGUGAUGUCUCCACUGGACUUCUCUGCCUCAAUAAGGAUAAUGCCCCAUUGUGCAAAGACUAUCAGAUUCGAGUAUGCUGUUAUCCGAUAACCACUACACCCUUCACAAUGUCAUCAACAACCAUACAAUCAACUGAAUCUCCAUCAACAACUGUAACAUUCCAGCCUUCAAGCAAAUCUUCAGCAACCACUUCAAUAACUUACAAACCAACAACUGAGACAACAACCGUGACACUGCCAACCACAACAGUAACAUCCAUUUCAACAAAAAAGCCAACAAAAUCGUCAAGCACAACGCCAUCAAAAUCUACAAUCAACACGUCUACACAAACUCCCACCUGCCUUCCAUGCAAAACCCCAGUCAAGCCAGUAUGUGAAAACAAGGCUCUACCACAACUUGUCAAGAAAGGAUGCUGUGAAGAAUACGAGUGCCCAUGUUUUUGCAAAGGAUGGGGAGAUCCUCACUUUUUGACGUUUGGCAGCAAUAAAUAUGACUUCCAGGGGGUGUGCCAGUAUGUUCUGGUGCAGCAGAUCAAUGGUUUUGGGAUAGACUGGAAUUUUCACUUCAAAGUACUUAUCGACACGUAUGGUUGUGGGGCCAGAGAUGGAGUUUCGUGUCCCCAGAACUUGAUCAUUUCCUACGAGCAGUACGAAAUUCGACUGGAGCGGACAGACAACACAACCAACGUAAAGGUAUUAUUGAAUGGGAUAACUACUCAAACUCCCUACAAAAUUCCAGGUAAUUUCUCCAUCGAUUACACUGGAAUCACCUUGACUGUGAACUUCGAGAAGAUUAACUCGAGGAUAACCUUUGAUGGCCAAUUGUUCUUCAUUGUGCUGUCACACAAAAUCUUUGGGAACAAGACGGAGGGGCAAUGUGGGAAGUGCAGCAACGUCCCAUCAAACGAUUGUCGCUUGCCAAGCGGUGUCCCAGUUUCCUGUGCAGUCAUGGCAGGCGCCUGGAAUACGACCACGUGUAGAUACCCCGUACCAACAACAGAAACACCAAUCACAACAACACCUUGCCCAUCCCAGCCCUGCGACAUCCUCAAGAGCAGUUUGUUCGCUGAUUGCAACAAAAUGUUGUCCCCGGACAUCUAUUAUGAUUCCUGCGUCUUUGACAAGUGCGCACAAAAGACGAAGAAUGCUGCAUGUGCCAGUAUCAAGGCCUACUCCAAGGAAUGUGAAAAACUAGGCUUCUGCAUUCCAUGGAGGGAAAACACAAAUGGGAUAUGCAAUAUCACUUGUCCAGAAGGAAAAGUUUACCAUCAAUGCAGUACAACCUUUGAUAAAAGCUGCAAUUUGAAAGACAUCCCAGACAUCAACAUCAGCAACAGAACAUAUGAGGGAUGCUUCUGCCCAGAAGGAGAGUUCCUCUUCACCUCUACAGACCCCUCAAUGAAUGAGUCUUUUUGCGUAUCAGACUGCGGCUGUGCUGGACCCAAUGGUGAACGUAAAAAGCUAAACGAAGUGUGGGACAGCGGCUGCAACGUUUGCGAGUGUAACGCCGGGACGCGCUCCGUGGUUUGCAAACCACGUGCGUGCCCGCUCUUGGGGCACAAUAAUUGCAAUGAGUCCGGCUGGGCGAUCAGAAACCCCAACGACGCCUGCUGCCCCGAGUGCAUGCGCGUGUGCCUUUACAAUGGAAUAAGAUACCCGGUCAGCACCCAAGUGCCUUCGAUGGAUUGCUCCACUUGUGAGUGCACGAAUGAGAUCGAUGAUGCAACAAAGUUUAACAAGAUCACGUGCGAGAAGAUAAUCUGUAAUCAGACUUGUCAAACGGGAUAUGAGUACGUGGACCAACAGGGGGCGUGCUGUGAGUGCAGGAAGACAAACUGUACCUUUAACAUGUCUGGAAGAGUAAUCUUGAUACAGCCUGGAGAGACUGUGCAAGACCCUCAAAACAACUGCACCACUCUGCAUUGUGAAUCUACCAUUGGAGGGCCAAAUGAGAGGACACAAAUCGUUCAGUGCCAGUACAAGUUUCCUGAAGAUUGCCCACCGGGUUAUGAGUACAUUCACAGAGAGGGGAAGUGCUGUGGAGAAUGUGUGAAGUCAAAGUGUGUCUUUAACAUGUCUGGAAUAGUCACCGUACUGAAGCCUGGAGAGAUUGUGCAAGACCCUCAAAAUAACUGCACGACUCUACAUUGUGAAUCUACCACUGAAGAGCUAAUUGAGAGGACACAAAGUGUUCAGUGCCAGUACAACAAGCGUGACGAUUGCCAACUGGGUUAUGAGUACAUUCACAGAGAGGGGGAGUGCUGUGGAGAAUGUGUGAAGACAAAGUGUGUCUUUAACAUGUCUGGAAUAGUCACCGUACUGGAGCCUGGAAGGACUGCGCAAGACCCUCGAAACAGCUGCCUGACUCUACAUUGUGACUCUAGCAUUGGAGGGCCAAUUGAGAGGACACAAACCGUUCAGUGCCAGUACAACAAUCCUAAAGAUUGCCAACCGGGUUAUGAGUAUCACAGAGAGCGGGAGUGCUGUGGAGAAUGUGUGAAGACAAAGUGUGUCUUUAACAUGUCUGGAAUAGUCACCGUACUGAAGCCUGGAGAGACUGUGCAAGACCCUCAAAACAACUGCACGACUCUGCAUUGUGAAUCUACCAUUGGAGGGCUAAGUGAGAAGACACAAACCGUUGAGUGCUCCCCGAAUUUCAACCCUGACGACUGCCUGCCGGGAACGAUCAAGCUGGAUGAAGCAAAUUGCUGUAAAACCUGUGAACGGCCGCAAGGCAAUUGCCGACGGUUCAACUCGUCCAAGUACAUCUUCUACGGCGCGUGCAGAAGUGUGGAACCCGUGGAGGUGGUGUCUUGUGAAGGCGCCUGUCCCACCUACUCCAUGUACUCGGAGCAAGCAAACGACAUCAACCACACGUGCAAGUGCUGCCGAGACGUGAAGACUCGCCCACGGAGCACAAGCUUCCUCUGCUCCAAUGGAACGCGGAUCGAUACCGCGUACACCUUCAUCGAGGAGUGCGGCUGUAAGGCGUUCGCCUGCAAUCGCAGCACGCGCAGCAUCGCUGACGACUUGACCCUGGUAGGUGACGUGGGCCUCGAUUACUCGCACAGGAACCGCCUGGUGCGCAAGAGAGCGCUGAGGGUGCAGGCGAAUCCGUGAGUCGGGGCUAGGGAGACGUGAGGGCGGUCGUGAGCGGGUGCAGUAGUGAUCGGGGGAUUAUCAGUUAACCGCGAUAGACUGGUGGGGAAGCCUGUGUUCAGAUAAGCACAAGGGAGGAAUUAUAAAAUGUUACUUAAAAUUAACUAGCAGCGUCGUGUUACAUGAAGCUUUUUUUUGUUUUGUUCAGACCAUUCUGGCCAGAAUGACCCAAUGGCUAACAUUCAUAAUGAACAGCCCUUUAUGUCAAUCCACUGAUGAAUGAGGGAAUUCAAAUGCUGUGCGGGUCAUGGCAAUUACCGCAUUUGAAGGUGGGGACACAGGAGUUCAGUACUAAAAUUGAUUUUGGUGCACUGCCCUCUGCUACCUACCAAGUAACUCCACAGCAGCUGACAACAACAAUCUGCCGCUGUGCACGGUGAUCAUCCAAUAAUUGUCCAGGCUCAAAUUUGCUUAGCUUCCAAGUUCUGACUAGAUCAAGGGCAUUCCGGAUGAUAUUGUCAUAGGCCGAAUUGAUAAUACAAGCGAGGUCAUGUAGUGCCUGCCACAACAAGCCAACCCAAGGUAUCAAUCAACCUUCAGUUUAAAAGGGGAUCAAUAACCAUUUAAAACUAUGACUCGCUCGUCGCCCUCAACAUCGUCACCAACACCACGUGUUCGCAGUGCACAUCACCAGGAUGUCGUCGUUUGGCCCGGGCAUUGCUUUGCCGUCAUCCAUGGGGAGGAAACGGUGAUGUCAUCGAAGUUCAGAGGUUUUAUGUCAAAGGGUAGGUGUGAUGGGGGAUGUCCUCGCAUGUCGGAUGUGCUGCAUGGGCAGAUCAGGAAACACCGAGCAAAAGACGUAACGAAGAUGGGUGAAAGGGGUCAGGACGAAUAAUAGGCUAGACACCGGUAUUUUAACAUCGUCAAUUACCAAAUAACUACUGCGUAUGUGCGGUUCACGUAAUUGCAGAUAAUUGACAGUCUGCUGCAUCGGAAUAGAUUGGAAAAAUAUCUGGGUGGAAAUGUUUAGAGAAGUGCAAGAUGUGGUAAAGUGAUUAUACCACUGGGUUGGACAACCCUACUGAGCUAAGCCAUAAUUUUAAAAGCACAACAAUGACUUCUACAAGGUGAAUAUAAUUAAGUGGAAUAUUGGGUUUUUUGUCUUACUGUUAUGAUACUUGCAUUAAGCUUAUGACACUUGCAUCAAAUCAUGUGUGAGCAUUGUUGUAACACAUGAAACAAAUAUGUAAACGGUCCGUUCAUAUCACAUGUAAGCUGUUGGAGCAGACAAAACCAUACAAUCAAUGCAGAAUAAAGAAGAUUGUAAAAACUUGAUGGUUAUAAAAUGAAAUCGUGACCCUGAACAGUGACUGACAUUUAUGUGGAAUGAAUUGUUAAUUGCCUGAGAGUUUCAGAUGGGUACAUUGUGUGUGUUGAGUGCUCUUUAAAAUCCAAAGUAACCUGUGGGAUUGCAUAGAAGAUAAAGGUAUUAGAUGCAGGUAUGACCUGAACUGCAAGCAGCAUGUGGAUGUAUGUGACACAACUUGCCCGGAUUUAAUGUAUAUAUUUUUUAUUAACUUCCUUUAUACACACUGAAAAAAAAUCAACAAACCAUGUUCACAAUUUAAGUGGGGGUUUUCUGUUAAACGGGUUAAAAUCUGACUUUUGUAUCUCACCAAGACGAAUAAACAAUAUGAGCAUCUGAA